AAGAGUCCCGUGUCGAGCACGCGGACAUGAAGACCGUGCGAGCGAUGCCUCGCGCUUUUUUUUACCCACGCAGACCUAACGGGGAUGUGUCCGAGUAGAAGUCGCGUGUGAGAGCGCUUGUGCGCGGCGUGCGGCGCUGUGUCGAGUCAGCGGUAGCCCGUGAAAGCCAUGGCCGCUCAGUGCGACUCUGCGGGCGGAUACCUGCCACACUCAGACCCGGGCUCCAACAGCGAGCGCAGCGCGGACUCCCCGCUGCCUGUGUCGGAGGAUGACUCCGCUGGACCCCCAGCCCCGCCCGACCCCGAGUGGACGGAGGAGAGGUUUCGGGUCGACCGCAAAAAGCUGGAGAUCAUGCUACUAGCCGCUGCAGAAGGGAGGGUGAACGGAGGCGAGGAUUUCUUUCAGAAGGUCAUGGAGGAGACCAAAACUCAGAUCGCAUGGCCUUCGAAGCUGAAGAUAGGAGCGAAGUCUAAGAAAGACCCGCAUAUCAAAGUGAGUGGGAAAAGGGAUAAUGUGAAGGAGGCCAAAGAGAAGAUCAUGUCUGUCCUUGAUACUAAGAGUAAUCGCGUGACCCUGAAGAUGGAUGUGUCACACACUGAGCACUCGCAUGUCAUUGGGAAAGGGGGCAACAACAUCAAGAAGGUGAUGGAGGACACAGGCUGCCACAUACACUUUCCAGACUCCAACCGCAACAACCAGGCAGAGAAGAGCAACCAGGUGUCCAUCGCCGGCCAGCCGGGGGGAGUGGAGGCAGCGCGAGCCAGGAUCAGGGAGUUGCUCCCCCUGGUGUUGAUGUUUGAGCUUCCUGUCAUAGUCCAGCUGAACCCUGACCCCAGUUCUCCAGCCAUCCAGCACAUCUCACAGACCUACAACAUCUCUGUAGCCUUCAAACAGCGAUCUCGACUCUACGGGGCUACAGGAGUUGUGAGGGGCUCACAGAACAAUGUCGCUGCUGUAAAGAGGGGCACGGCCGUGCUGCUGGAGCACCUGGCUGGCAGCCUGGCCAGCGCCAUCACGGUGAGCACGCAGCUGGACAUCGCACCCCAGCACCACCUGUCCAUGAUGGGCCGCAACGGCAGCAACGUCAAGCACGUCAUGCAGCGCACUGGUGCCCAGGUCCAUUUCCCCGACCCCAACUGCCCCCAGAAGAAGUCCACCGUCUACAUCCAGGGCACCAUCGACUCUGUGUGCCUGGCGCGCCAGUACCUCAUGGGCUGCCUGCCGCUGGUUCUGAUGUUUGAUAUCAAAGAGGACGUCACCGUAGAUCCACAGUGCAUCGCCUCCCUCAUGGAGCAGUUGGAUGUGUUUAUCAGCAUCAAGCCCAAACCCAAACAGCCCAGCAAGUCAGUGAUAGUGAAGAGUGUGGAGAGGAAUGCUCUUAACAUGUAUGAAGCCAGGAGGUACCUCCUGAGGCUGGAGUGCAGUGGGGUGUCAAUGUGUACCACCUCCUCCUCCACCUCCACCUGCAGUCCUCCAGCUGUCCCCGCCCCACCUCUCAGCUGCCCCGUGGGCCUGGACAUCCUCACCUCAGCCGGAUUGGGCCUCACCAGCCUGGGGCUGCUGGGGCCAACGGCCUCCUCUCUGAGUGCUCCGACCACCCCCAACUCUCUUCUCAACGCCCUCAAUAGCUCCAUCAGCCCCCUACAUGCUCCCUCGUCUGCAGUGCCUAGUGCCACGCUCUGGUCCAGCACACGGGGUUUUUCCUCACCACUCAUGAUCCAUCCGGCGACGCAGGCCACACUGACCAACAUCCUGCUGUCUGGAGUCCAGAGUUUCACCCAGAACACGCCCUCUCCACCGCCUGGGCUGGCCCCCAUAGACUCACAGGUCAACGGAGUCCCAGAGUGCAGCAAAGCCGUGCCCUCCCUCAACGGCAAGCAGCACCCCAUGUACAGUAGAAUUUCUGCUGCAUCCUUGGCUGACAAGGUUCUGAAUGCGGCUCAUGGAGAGUCUGUCCAGGAGACAAGCGCCCACUGUCCAGCUGAGCCUCUGUCCAGCAAGUCCAGCCAGGAUCAAGGCUCUGAUACAUUUGUGGAGGUGGGUAUGCCACGGAGCCCCUCUCACUCGGGCAGCAGCAGUGAGUUGAAGCAGAUGCUGGCCUCCUGCAAAACAGGCUCAGGCAAGAGGCAGGCUGUGGAGUUAUUGCAGGGCACCAAGAACUCUCAUCUACACUCAGACUGUUUGCUCUCUGACUCUGACUCCAGUGCCUCGGAGAGCCCAGUGUCUGACAAGCGAGCCCCAGGCAGCGAGAGGGCGGCCGAGAGAGCCGCCCAGCAGAACUCGGAGCGCAUCCGCCUCCCGCCGCAAGCCCCUUUCACCAACAUGCAGGCCUUUGACUAUGAGCAGAAGAAGUUACUGGCAACCAAAGCCAUGCUGAAGAAGCCAGUGGUGACAGAGGUGCGCACUCCGACCAACACAUGGAGCGGUCUGGGAUUCUCCAAGUCCAUGCCCGCGGAGACCAUCAAGGAGCUGCGUAGGGCCCACCACGUGUCCUACAAACCAGCCAUGUCCACUACGUAUGAGGGCUCGCCGCUAUCGCUGUCACGCUCCGGAAGCAGGGAAGGUGUGGGAAACGGCAGCGACUCGGACAAUUGGAGGGAGAGGAACGGGAGCGGGAUCCCAGUGCCCAGCGACUUCCCAGCACCCAUCAGCCCAAAGAGGAAGCAGAACAAGACCGUGGAACAUUACUUGAGCAGCAGCAACUACAUGGACUGCAUCUCCUCGGUGACAGGGAGCAAUGGCUGCAACCUCAGCACCUCCCUGAAGGGCUCAGAUCUGCCGGAGCUAUUCAGCAAGCUGGGCCUGGGGAAGUACACGGACGUCUUCCAGCAGCAGGAGAUUGACCUGCAGACGUUCCUCACGCUCACUGACCAGGACCUGAAGGAGCUGGGUAUCACCACAUUUGGAGCACGACGGAAAAUGCUGCUUGCGAUCUCAGACAUGGAAGGCCUGACAGCUUUGCUCUUGCAGACAGCUCAUCCAUCAUCGAGUGUCCUCGCACUCCUAGGGAGACACAUGACCUUGUUUAAGGGCCAAAGUUCAUUGAGGCUGUGAGAGGCUGAUCGGAUGGAGUCAGAUGAGACAGAAUCGGACACUCUGGAGUCUGAGUCUGUCUGGCAGCCUCGGCGAGCUUGGUCUCGAUGGCUUGCUCUGUGCGGUGCACAUCGGCAGGGAAAGACUUGGUGACCUCCAAGGACUUCACAUUCACCUGCUCUUAGUCAAUACAAGGACUAUUUCAUAACGUAGUAGAGGGCAGUGCUGGAGCAGUGUGCAAGUGUGACUGGGAUUUAUUGUAGUCCAGUGAAAUUGCAGUGAGAACAAAACAAUAAAUGGGACAGGAGACUAAAAAACCAGGAAACUAGAAAUACAAAGAAACUGCAUAACACAGAGGUCUAACAGGACAAGGAAACAUGAAGAACAAUGAGCCAGGCAAGCAGAAAAACAGGUAAAUACAUGAAUACCAACAGUACCAACCAAAGACCAGGAAUACAUAUACACACAAAGGGGAGAUUAACAAGGAACAACUGGGGACAAUUAAAAGACGGGGCCAAAGACAAGACAAAGAGAGGGACCAGACAAGGGCCUUGAGUUGGGGGGGAGCACAGAACCAAAACAAAAUCUUGAUAUUCAGAUUAUAAUAAAUAAUCCAGAUCUUUUCAGUCAAUAACAAUCCCUAUAACCUGAAAAACCUAAACGCUCCAUGAACGUUAUAAUUUCUUCAGUUUAUCACUAGGGGGCACUAAAACACAAAUGAACGCAAUACCUAAUGCGUUAAACUCCGUCCCUUUUGGUGUUUAAAUUAUUCACCAGUAGCCAUAGUUUAUUAAUAGAAACUCCUUUGGAAUACCGAAAUUACUGGUGGAGGAUGUAGUGUUUCAUUAAUGAUGCGUCACUUUAUUUGCAAGGGUAAUUAUUUAGUGUUCUGACAGAAAUAGUUUUUUUUUGUUUGUUUGUUUGUUUUUUACAAAUGUACGUGGUACAUAAUAAGGUGCUUAUUGAAUAUUUAAAGUCUUUAAUCAAACAAGUAGCCCUUCCAGAGAAAUCUCUGCAUUUCAAUCUCUAUCAUCAGUUAGUAUCCUUUUAAGUCCAACCACUGCAAUAAACAUCACAACUGCACAUCUGGAGUCUUGUGACAGAGAGAGACACACGUGUUGGACGUUGGAAACUCAGACGUUUCAUUAGUGUUAAUAAUAUUUGAUGUUUCGUGAUGUCCAAACAGCUGCCAUAAAUCUCUUAAUUAUAGAUAUACUCACGCAUCUUAUUUGUGGAUCAUAAUGCUGGUUUGCCUAUUACAGAUCUAACCAUUCACAUAAAUGGAGAUAUUUAUCAAAGCCCUUUCUUGUUACUUGUUAUACAUUCUUGUUAUAUAUUUUUUUAAUUUGAUGUAUUUUAUGUGACAAGCCACA